GUAAAGAGAAAUCGGAUCCGAGAAGCUUCAUGAACCAAAUGGCCUCCGUCUCCGGCUCUCCGUCCCUCGUCUCCCGCCAUUCCCAACUGAAAUUAGGGUUAGGGUUAGGGUUUCGAGAAAUUCCUAAAUUCGCAGGAUUUGUGCAAAAUCGUGAGCUCCGGCGAUGCUCGUUGGUCUAUCGGUACAGUGGGAUGGGAGUCGAGGCUUUGGCGACUGGGAGUGGUGGAGUGAACUCUUCUCCUUGGGAUGAGAAGCCCUACGAGUUGCUUCCUAGUGGGAAGAGAGCUUAUUUUGACGAGCUGGAUGUCGUGACCUUCCUUGACCCUCCAAAGGAGCUCAUCCCAAUUGAUCCUGCUUCUUAUAACCCCGCCUCCUAUCUCUGGAAGAAAAUUGGAGAUAUUCCAGAAGAAAGGCGGUGUAGAUUGCUCUCCAUUGUGAAACCAAGUCUUAUACCUAGAAUUUGGGAAGUAGUUGGAACUCGUUAUCAAGAUGCCAAAUUAGCUAAACGAAGUGCAUCGGCGCUGUUGUCUCUGGAUGAUGAUCCAGUAGUAAUGCAGGAGUCUUGGAGCUGUCGAACUAGCAAAGGUCCCUUGCCACUUUCUUGGCUAAAUGACUUCAAGAAGGCUUUGUUUCGUGGCAAGGAUGGAGGAACGUAUGGACGGGUACUCCUUGGUGGACCCAUUGGUGCCGGUCUAGCAAAAUUUUAUGGUCCAUUAUACUUCACAGUGAGACAAGCUGUGGAGGUGAUGUCCACUGAACAGCCUUGUGAUAUCACAUUUAACUUUGGAGAUGGCCUUUUAAAUCUCAACGAUUUCCCUGAUGGCUUCCCGCAACCAGCAAAGCAUCGGUCGCCAUUUAAUGAUCAUUUGGUGAUUUACAUUCGCCAUGUUGGACCUGGAGUGUUGGUAGGGCAAGCAUGGCAAGAAGGGAAAGAACUCGAUCAGGUGCCCAAAAAGUUUUGCGGCGACAUUUUGAUGGUGAAAGACUAUGUUGCUUUUUAACUUAUGAAAAUUUUUUUGAAGUAACACGACAAUGUUCGUCAUAUAAGAAUUCAAUUCAUGUAAUCAAAUUUCUCAAGUAUUUUUCAGUAAAACAAGCAGAAAAUUACACUAUUUCUGUUUGGUUUACUUGGACAAUAACGUCCUUGAGUUCUUGAUCUACAUUCUUG